AUGGCGUCAGCAAUAACCAGACCCUCCUUUACUUUCAACCCCUUCAAAUCUCCUUACUCUGUGCGUAAACUCAAACCACAGCUCACAUUCCCUAAAUUUGAACCCAUUUCUUACGGACCCUUAAAGCCCAUUUUCACAGUAAUUAAGUCAAUUGACGUCUCCAAAGAAGACAAACAACCAAUUCCGGAAACAACCCAGGAUGCAGAAACCCCGGUUGAAGAGGAACCUGAGGUGAGAUUUGAUAAAAGAAGGCUAGAGGAGAAAUUUGCAGUGUUGAAUACUGGAAUAUAUGACUGCAGAUCUUGUGGGUUCAGAUAUGAUCAAGCUGCAGGGGACCCUUCAUAUCCAAUUCCACCAGGGCUUCCUUUUGAUAAGCUUCCAGAGGACUGGAGGUGCCCAACCUGUGGAGCUUCCAAGAGUUUCUUCGAGAGUAAGAGUGUAGAGAUUGCCGGUUUUGCUGAGAAUCAGCAAUUUGGAUUGGGUGGUAAUGCACUGACCUCUGGCCAAAAGGCUGUGCUUAUAUGGGGUGGUUUGUUUCUGGGAUUUUUGUUCUUCUUGUCUGGUUAUUUUCUUCAAUGA